UUAUUAAUUGAAGUUUAUUGAUAAUCGCCUCUGCAAAGAGAAUUACGAAGCUACACGAUACACGAAGCUUUCGCAGGAGUAUUUCUUACGGAAGAAGAUAUAAUGUUAUGCACGUCGCCAAGCGUCUACUUGAAUAUCGACCAAACAAUACGAAAACGAAAAGCUGGUCGACCGAAAAGCUGGAUCAACGAGAGUUUGAAAUAUUAAAAGUCGUAUCGAUAGCUGUAUUCGAGCAUCAACGAUGGAGAACUUGCGAAAGGAAUUGAUCAAGAGAAUAGUGAACGUAUGCAAAGAAAACGGCGUGCACGCGACCAAGGACCUGGCUUCCUUCCUGAUCACUUUGUUUCAAUUGAGUCCCGCAUAUGAAAUUAAAACCGACGACGACGAAAACGAGAAAAUUGCUCGGGCGAUAGCGGAGAAAAUAUGCGACCAAGAUAAGCCAAGUUUAACGAUACUGAAAAAUCAGUUGUACUUUGGGAAACACUACCACGAGAGAGAUGAAACUGUCAAGCGACACAGGUUACGUCUGCAUCAAAAGACUGGACCGAUGGUGACCGAAAUUUGCGAAACUGAGAAAAUCGUACCGUCAGUGCUUCGAGAAGUUUCGGUGGCUCUCCAUAGCGUUUUCCAGCCCUCCGAAUUGGAACCGUACGUAAAAAUGUCUAAACGCGAGAAGGAGGAGCAACUGAUGGAACUCAUGUGCAUAGUCGCGGGAAUACGAUUGUUUAACAGAGAUUGCCAACGAGGAGGAGAAGGCAUCGAUGACUUGCCGACUAUCUUGCAAGAAGCCACGAAAAGAAGCCACGAUUCCAUCAUGGAAUUUUUGGAACGUCUCAUGUCGAAGAUUUACAGAUUCACCGCAGUCGUAGAAAAAGGACACCUUUACUGGGAAAUACUACCAUUUGGCAGUUUCACGACGGAGAACGUACAGUGGGCUAUCGAGAUGUUGGCGGCGUGUCGACAGCAAGAAAUUUACAUCAGAAAAUUAUUAAGCGACGUAGAACAUAGCGAGAAGGAGGUACAGAGUCUAAUGGAACGUCUUCAAGGGCGUCUUUUUAAGCUUCACGACAUUGUUAGAUACAGAACCGCAAUCCCCACUGUCCAAGUAUAUCCGCAAUUCAUCGAUUUAGCAGACAUAUGGAUGGGACUCCAGGACGAAGUAAUUAUACUGAGCAGCAUCAACAACUUCCUUUGGGAAUUACAAAGCCUGAGUACCAAGAAUGUAAACGUGUACGACGAAGCACUAUUAGACGAUAUGUUAUCCAAAGAGGAAGUUUUCACGGACGGUGAGAGGUUGGAACGAUCUAUGGGCACAUUGAUAACCGAAUGCGGCGAGUGCACCCUUUACUACCCCAACACUACUAAGGACUUCGAGAACAUAAAUUUAGAGUUCCUAGGAUUUUGCGCGUGGACGUUCAUUGCUAGGCAAGGGGCGCUGAUCCCGGGAAAUCCAAACAACGGAGUCGCCAAGUGGAGGGGGAAAUAUUAUGUGUUCAGCUCCAGGAAGGCUGCUGAGAAUUUUGGGAAAGAUCCAGACAGAUGUGUUUACGAGGCUCUCGAUUUUAUACGCAAUCAUCUGGAAUACGUGUACUUGUUCCAAGUGUACGAGGACGUCCGAGACCUGAAAGCACAAGAAACGGUAUCGGAACGAGGACCCCAAUUGAAGAUUUGUCAGGAUCAAACAGUUCAAACGGACGUCCACAUUCUUCCACCGUUCGUCGAUAAAGACUACUCUUCAAAUGUCUGGGAAUUGAGACGCAGAGCGUUGCAUUUGGCAAGCAUAAGUCGAUGCGCAACGCACAGCACGCAAACAUACAAGUCGAACUUCCGAUACGGUGUUUACGUACAAGCCGCUCCACCUCGAGACAAAGAAGUUCAAACGAGGAGAGAUAAUUACACAAACACGAAGAAACUCUUGACUUACAUAUUCGGUCUACGGGGACGACGCGACGACAACCAACAUGUUUUGUCUUUCUUGGAGGAUGAGCUCGAACAUUUAUGAAUUUCGUAGAUGUACGCAGACAUGUUUUCGGUAUAAUAAAUAUCGUGAGACAUGAAUUGGAUAAAUGAGGGUAUAGAGCAUCACUGGGGAAUGAAUGUACAAAGGGCACUCUUAAAAAAAAUGAAAGCAAUAUCUUUUAAUGAUGUUCUCAAAUACAUUCACGAAAUAUCAGGGCACAAACCGCACUUCCUUUUCUUUAGAAAACAAACUGAUAUUACCUAUAAUUUGUAGUUUUGUGUACACACGUUUCGUUUUUAAUCUGUACCGUUAUGUUUUCUCACGUUAUCAUCAAAUGUUUGCAAUGAUUUCUUUCUUCUCUGUGGCUUUCAUCGAUUUAGGCCAGCGAUCAUUAAUUUAUAUUCAAAAUACAAGAAUUUUUCCAAACAUCAAGGUAUAAUUAUCCGUACCCAGGAUUAAUUCCAUACCUCGCGCCGUAAACCGCUUAUUUCCUAUACUUCAACAUCGCGCAGUGCUGCACAUACGGUGAUUUAGUAUGCACACAUCGUACCUUCACUGAAUACCAUUACAUCUUAAGAGUUAGGUCAAUUUUUUUACACCAAGAAACCUAUAUUACGACAAUAAUUAGUAAUUACACGAUAAUACAAUUAAAUUUCGCUUAGUAAUAAUUUCAGUGUAUAAUGUAGCUAUUAUACAGAAGAGGUACAGGAUGUUGAUUUUUUUUCGCAUCGUCUUUCUCUUUAUUUUUACCGCACUUUUUCUAACUUCAUCACAUACCUUUUUCUCUCGUUUAUUAACAAAAUUCUUUGUCUCUCUCUCUGUUACAUCAAUCAUCGAAAAUUAAUUCGCAUUAAAAUAAAAAGGAUGAAAAUAUGUGUGAUACUUGGGCGGUAGUUUCUAAUGCAAGAAAAUUAGUUUUAGAUCGAAUACAAAAUACAUACAUUAACUUCGAAAACAUACGUACCCGAGAUGCUUUACAAUCAUAUCAUUUAUUUAAACUAAUGUCACAAGAAUAAAAUUAAAAAAAGGAAAGAACAGUUAAGUCAUAUUAAAAUGAUUUCAAGCAUUUUCUACUGUUUAAAUUUUACUGCCACAACGGCACACUGUAUUUUCAUGUUCGAUAAAAGAGGCAAGUUUACGAGAACCACCAAACUAACGAUAAAACGUUAAUUCUGAAUACGUUGACUUAAAACCAGCUUACUGACUAUCGGCCACUUUAAUGUUUUUCACAUUUCGAAAUCAUAUAAACGUCCAUGGUAUCGGCUCUACCUUUUCGUAUCGACGUUGACCGAAUCUACGCGGAUUCCUACUUGUGGGUCAUCAUUUGCUGACGCAUUAUUCUGGGGCUACCAUUGACAAUCUCAACGAGCCGUGUG